AUGGGUAUGGCGGCGGUCAAGGUGGAGGAGCGGGACGGGUGCGCCGAGAGCAGGCAGCAUCUGGCGCUGUCGAGUCCGUCGGCUUCCGAGGGAGGGAGCUAUGGCGGCGGGCACGCGUGGGCGUCGCCGCUGGUGCCCAGCCCCGCCGAUUCCGGCUCCACCCGCAGGCGAACAAGUGGCCCUGUAAGAAGAGCUAAGGGUGGCUGGACACCUGAAGAGGAUGAAACAUUGCGCGAGGCAGUUACUGUUUUCAAGGGAAAAAAUUGGAAGAGAGUAGCUGAGUUUUUCCCUGAUAGAACAGAAGUACAAUGUCUGCACAGAUGGCAAAAAGUUCUUGACCCUGAACUUAUAAAAGGACCUUGGACCCAAGAGGAAGAUGAGACCAUUAUCCAGAAGGUAAAGGAGCAUGGACCAACAAAAUGGUCCGUUAUAGCAAGGUCACUGCAUGGUCGUAUUGGUAAACAAUGCCGAGAGAGAUGGCAUAAUCAUCUGGAUCCUCAAAUAAGGAAAGAAGCUUGGACUCUUGAGGAGGAGCAGGUGCUUGUUGAUGCUCAUCGUAUGCAUGGUAAUAAAUGGGCGGAGAUUGCAAAACUCCUUCCUGGAAGGACAGAUAACUCAAUAAAAAACCAUUGGAAUAGUUCAGUGAGAAAAAGGCUAGAUGAAUAUGAUACAGGAGCUGCCCUUCCAGUUCCAGUACAUGUCAGUCAUAAUGAUUUGAAACAGGUCACAAUGGCCCCGCCUGCUGAGAACUACAUUGACUUGAAUAAAGAGCCAAAUAUCAGUUUGAGUUCAGUAAUAGUCGAUCACUCUGAUCCUACCCAUAGUCCACGGGUGUGUAGUUUGAAAAAUAUCAAGGGCUGUUCAGAUUUCCUCUCUCUUUCCCUGCCAACUGCUCAACCAGUAACUUCAUGUCAGGCAUCAGUAGCUGAUGAUUCUGCUGUUGCUUUAGCAAUAAUGGGGAUGAAAAUGAAUUCCGGCCGUGACAAGGACAUGGAAUUGAACUUUGUUUGUCAGAAGGGUCUGCAAAUCAAUUUGCCGAAUGAGAAGGGCCUGGAAAUUAACUCCGUAACAGCUAAGCCAGAUGGUGAAAUAGAUAACACUGGACGUGAAUCAACCUUAGUAAAAGAGGCUCAGUCCUUUGGUUCUCUUUGUUAUCAGAUACCUAAGCUAGAAGAUAUCGACCUUGUUCGUUCCCCAGUUUUGUCAAGACAUCAUGGAUCAGAACACGGCGUGGAUGGAUUUCAAUCGCCCACUGGCUAUGCUACUCCCUCUCCAACUGAUGGAAUACAAUCCGAUCAGCUCAGUGUGGAAUCAAUAUUGAAAAGUGCUGCUGAAAACUUCCCAGGUACUCCUUCGAUACUCAGGAGAAGGAAAAGGGAUAAACCAACGCCUUCUCAAGAUACUGAUUUUAAGAUUGAUGCAAACAGUGAUGGUUUUGACACUCCCAAAGCGAACUGCACUACAUAUAGCCCACAUUCAUUUAAAACUGCAUCAUUUUUGUCCUUGGGUCGCCUUGAUGACCAGCAGUUGCCUUCUGUCUUGGGGAAGUUUGAUGUUUCCCCCACAUAUCGACUAAGGUCAAAGCGAAUGGCUGUGUUGAAAACCGUUGAGAAGCAUCUAGAUUUUUCGGCUGAUGCGAUGGAUACUUGUGACAUGGUUGGAUCUCUGAAAUCUUCUUGCCGGAAUACGGAGAGUGUCAAUGCCAGCUCAGACAUUUCAAGCGCACAAGAUAGGAGGAUUAAUGGGCAUAUGAUUGGGUUGGAAACUCUAACCAGUGACUUUGCACACACAACACAGCUAGAUGCAACCUAA